AUGGCCUUACAGGCUCCGUUCGCCCAACUUCCGGGUCUGUCCAUGCUUGGUCCCGAUGUCUGGGCUACCCUUCCUUCGCUUCUCGUAUCGCCCUUGAAGACGCUGCGCCGUAACCGCGUUGCGCGGUUGCGCUCCCAGGGAGAUGCCCAGGCUGCUCCGCAGAUGCUCUCAACGGCCGACAAGAGGAUGAACGGUUUGGAGGUGUCGCCAGUGACCAAAUUACCAGAGUUCCUCGCAACCGUACCGAUCGAGAGCCUACGUUUCGCACCCCUCAAUAUCCGUUCACGCCAGCCACUACCUUGGUUGUCAGGUAGCGUUCGCAGCGCCAUUCUCCCAUCACAAUUUUCUACCUUUCCCGCACAGCGAUCCUUCUCCUCCGCUGCGUCAGGGACAGCGACAAAACGGACGAUGUCGAGAAUGGACACGGUCAAACAACAUAGGUUCCAGCCUUCGACAAGUCAUCAUCUGUUCGCACGGCCACGGCAGGAAACCCCGGGUUUCAAGUACCAACGUCGGACAUUUUCAAACGCAUUCCAGCCUGCGAAUCAGAACAACGUGCUAGCCCACGCCGAACGGACUGCAAAUAACAAUCCUACCAGCGCAGCCGCACAGAACGCCUUCUAUACUGCUCUUCUGCGAGCCAAUAUGCCCAAGCUUGUCAUCGAGAGAUAUCAGUCUGGUCGAUAUGCCAACAACCCAGCAACAGAUGCCGCGUACCUCAAAGCUCUUCAGAUGGUUGGCGCCGUGCCGGCUCCGGGCGCGAACGGAAACCUAGCCGCGUCCCAGGGCGGCGCCUUACCCCCGGAGACCCUGCAAGCCGUGGGCCAAGCAGUUGCAGGUCAAAAUUACGGUGGCUCACUGGUCAUGCCAAGCAACAAAUCUGGUACAGGCGCAAGGGAAGCACCUCUGUACGUUGUGGUGGAAGAAUCAUGGGGAACCACCAUCCUCAAAUGGGUGAAGACAUUCCUUUGGGUCGGCCUUGCCGGCUACUUUCUCCUGGUCAUUCUCACCAUGGUCGUCGAAAUGUCGGGCAGUCUCCGCACCAGGGCCGGACAGAGUAACGAAGUUCAACCCCAGCACCAGACCGUGCGGUUCAGUGAUGUCCAUGGUUGUGAUGAAGCCAAGGAGGAAUUACAGGAACUCGUCGAGUUUUUGAAGAACCCCGACAAGUUCAAUAAGCUUGGUGGUAAGCUGCCCAAGGGUGUCUUGCUCGUUGGGCCCCCAGGUACUGGUAAGACAAUGCUUGCUCGCGCCGUUGCUGGAGAGGCCGGUGUCCCUGUCUUCUACAUGUCAGGUUCCGAGUUCGACGAGCUUUAUGUCGGUGUCGGCGCGAAGCGGGUUCGUGAACUUUUCUCUCAAGCGCGAGCCAAGGCCCCCGCCAUCAUCUUCAUUGAUGAAUUGGAUGCUGUCGGCGGAAAACGUAACGCGCGGGACCCUGCAUACGCCAAACAAACACUCAAUCAGUUACUCACGGAGUUGGAUGGGUUCAGUCCCAGUACUGGUGUCAUCCUGAUCGCCGCAACCAACUAUCCCGAAUCUCUCGAUAAAGCACUCACCCGACCUGGUCGAUUUGAUCGCCAUAUCAACGUUCCUCUGCCUGAUGUCCGUGGUCGCAUUGAAAUCCUGAAGCAUCACAUGCGGAAUAUGCCAGUCGCUCCUGAUGUGGACGCGACCGUCCUUGCACGAGCAACAAGUGGCAUGUCUGGGGCAGAUCUUGAGAACUUGUGCAACCAAGCUGCUGUUCACGCAUCACGCAUGAAGUACAAGAGAGUCAACGCUCAGGACUUCGAGUGGGCCAAGGACAAGAUUAUGAUGGGAGCUGAAGUCAAGUCCAGAAUGAUCCGGGAGAAGGACAAGAUCCAGACGGCUUAUCACGAAGCCGGCCAUGCUUUGGUCAACCUGUUUACGCCAUCCAGCAGUCAGCUGUACAAGAUGACAAUCAUCCCUCGUGGCCGGGCUCUUGGCGUUACCCAUUUCUUACCGGAAAUGGACGCUGUCAGCAUGGGUUACGACCAAUUCCUCGCUCAGAUCGAUGUUGCCAUGGGUGGUCGAGCGGCUGAGGAAUUGAUCUUUGGCCCAAACAAGGUGACCAGCGGUAUCGCCCAUGACGUGCAAAGCGCCACACGGACGGCAUAUCAUCUUGUCACUCAGUGCGGCUACUCCAGCAAGCUUGGGAAUGUGGACCUGGCAUCGGACUAUAACAAUCUAUCCAGCGAAACCAAAAUGGAAAUCGAACGUGAGGUCCGAGACAUCGUUGAAGCAGGCAGACAACGAGCCGACCGAAUUGUCAAAGAAAAGCGUAAGGAGCUCGAGGCUCUGAAGGACGCUCUCCUUGAGUUUGAAACACUCGACCGAGAAGAUAUCAACAAGAUCUUGCGAGGGGAAAAGCUAAAACGUUUGGAAGUGGAACUUCGAGAAAAUGACGAUGACAGCGGGAGCCCUGGUCGAGAAAACAAGUUACCUCCAAAGAAGGAUAAGGAUAUUGGGCCCAAAGGGGUGGUAGGCAUCAAGAUCCCCGAAGUCCUACUUCCGCCUGGCGCGCCCGGUCGGAGGGGGGAGAGCGAGAAUGCUCGAGCAAGUGAGCGGUGA